ACCUGCGCAUAACAGGCCUUCCGUAAGGAGCCGCUCACAGCCAUCCCAGUUUUGAGCCGCUAUUGGGACGCUUUGUAAACAAAUGUCUUUCUCAUUAAUAUACAGUUGUAGUAUAAGUUCUGUAUUUAUUAUGCAUAAGAAUGCCAUUUGAUUAUCAGGAAUUUCGCGUACUUACCUUCCAUAUACUUUCUAAAGAGGGAUUCAAAAUUAUAUGGCCUUUCAUGAUUAAACUUUCAAACUUGUAAUUUAGUACGUAUUGAUUUCAAUUCAGUUCAUUACGAACUUUCUCGUAAUAUAAACAUUGUUAAGAGUGUAUCAGUUAAUUAAUACGAUGUGUUCAAGGGGUAUGCACAGGUCUUUUAAUAAAAAAUAAAGUAUGAUUAAUUUGUUCUUUAAAAUCUCUGCAUUCAUUCAGAACAAUUUCAUUGUUAAGAGAACUGGCUGCUAAUCUACAAUCCUUUUUAAUACGAAUUAUUCUGAAGUUAACAUAUUUUAACAUGAAUUUAUUAUGGAUUUAUUUAUUUAUUUCAAUAGCUUAUUUUAUGUAAGCUUGCAAAGAAUUAUACUACAUGUGUAACAGUAAUAAUGAUUGAGAAACAAUUUGAAGUUGAAUCUGAAAAUGAAAUUAAAACUGUGCCUAAGGGUUGGAGAAAAGAAAUCAGAAAAAGAAAAAAAGGAAGAACUGCUGGAAGACAUGAUGUUUACUUCUACAGCCCAAGUAAUGAAGUAUUUCGAUCAAAGAGGGGUUUACAGAAGUAUUUAGAGGAAUCUAAGUCAGAUCUCAGAAUUACUGAUUUUGACUUUAGUUGGAACAAUGGAAUAUCAUGUUCACUUAAAGAGAUAAAUUCAUCAAAACCAGGAAAUGGAAAGGAUAACUUAAAGGAUCCAAAUGCUGAGAAUUCUAAAGAAUUUCUGCAAAUGUGUGAAGAGAAAACUGCUUUAGAAUUUGAUAAUACUGAUUUUAUUUGCAAGCACAAGGAACUGAAAGAGCUACAGGAAAACUUUUCAGAAAUAGACACUAGAAAUACAAAUUUUGAAGAACAAAACCUAAUUUGCCAUUCAACUAAAGAUGAUGUUAUGUGUAUUGCAGCAAAAGAGCUCCUUAAUGCUGAAGAUGUAGAGUUCAGUGAAGAACAAAAUUAUUUUUCGGAAUGCAAAUCUGAAGUCUUAAUUCAGAAAAAAUCGAGUCCUUAUUUUAAAAAGAAAAUGUGUUUAGAGAAAGAGGUACCUAAUUAUUUUAGAUCAGGCAACAAAUGGAUUCCUCCUAGGUCUCCUUUCAACUUAAUUCAAGAAGAUUUAUAUCAUGAUCCUUGGAAAAUGCUAAUUGCAACAAUAUGUCUGCAAAAAACAGCAGGUGGAUCAGUUAAAAAGGUGCUGUCUGAUUUUUUUAAGAAAUAUCCAACUCCAAAUAUUUUAUUGCAAGCACAACCAUCAGAAAUUUCAAAGUGUUUGCAGACACUGGGAUUGCAAGAUAAAAAAGCUAAAAUUAUUUUAAGAUUUUCUGAUGAUUAUAUAAAUAAAAAAUGGAAGUACCCAAUAGAACUCCAUGGCAUUGGAAAAUAUGGCAAUGAUUCAUACAGAAUUUUUUGCGUAAAUGAAUGGAAACAAGUUCAGCCUAAAGAUCACAUGUUAGAGAAGUACCAUGAAUGGCUAAAAGAAAAGUUUAAAAGUGAUGUGAAUAUUUUUAAGUGAAAUUAAACUUCUCAUAAAUAAAAAUUUACAUUUAUAUUUUUAUAAUAAUAAUCAGCAUACUGAAAAUGCAAUUUUUGUAAAUAAUUAUUUUAAUAAAAAUAUAUGUGUAUACGUAUCAUUUACAGUGACCAGAAUUAUGCUUUUUUUAAUGUUUCUGUUCAAUAACUGCAUAAUAAUGGAUUUAAUCAUAUUUUAUAUGAUAUUUAAAUAUAUUCAUAACUGAUUCUAUUACUUAUUGUUAUUUUUAUUUCUUAAAUUCAACAAAAUAGUAAAAUACAUCAUCAUCCAAAUCUGUAAAUUAAGGAAAUGUAAACGAUAACAAUAAUUAUAAAAACCCAGUACCUAAUCUUUUUCAAAAAUACUAAAUAUAAAGAGCUUCAUGUCAGACAAUGCAGUACGAAAUCUGAAAUCCGGAUGUCCAGUAUCAAGAAUGAUCUAAUACCAACCGUCAGCUUUUUUUUUAAAGAAAUUUUUUGACAGUGGGGAGAAAGAAUUAGAUUCUGAGAGUAGCACAUGCUUAAUGCUUCAUGAAUAUAAAGUAGAAAUUUUGUUCAUAAUAAAGCAUGCUGAAUCUUAAUUCCACUAAAUAAAACACCUCUAUAUUGUGGAUACACAAUUAUCUAAUAUUAGCAUGUAGUACAUGGGUACUCCACUGUAGUGUACUAGGUCACUACAGAUGCUGUACUAUACUGAAAGAGAACUAAUUUGCUUAGUAAAAUAAAUCAGUAAUCAUCUUCACACAUAACUUUAAUAUCAAACAAAACCGUACAAGAAUGCAUGUAUUAGCAUGCAAGCAUGAAUGAAACUAUAAUGCAGGCAGACAAACAGAUGGAUGCCUAGUUUUGCUCCUGCUAACCCCCUUAUUGAGCAGCAGCUGAUUAGCUCAUGUAAAAUAAUCCAUAUAUCGGCGGUAACUCACAGUCUGAGCAAUGGUUAGCACAUUCGGUAUUCUCCAUUGUUGAAUUACAGUAUCGGACACAUGAUACAGUUACCUAGAACAGGCAUUGUCAUUGUCUAUGAAGAAUCGUGUGUCUUUCAAAGAUGCAUAGAGUAGGUUUGUUUACAUUCAGGUGUUAUCAUCCCAGUGUACUAUGUUGGAAAAUUUUCUUUUCAUUUUAACUGCUUGGAUGAAAUGAAUUUCUAAUUAUAGAACAAUCACAGAAAGCACUAUAAAUAUGUAACAAAAUGUUAAAUGAAAUCCAUUAUUUAAAUUAAAGAAGUGCUCAUUAUCAAAUGCCAGUUUCACAUAAAUCAUUAUUUUUUCCAGUGAAAUGGAAUAAUUUGGUAAUAUUUGACAAUACUUAUGUAGAAAGAAUUAGUUUGAUUUUUCUUGCAAUUCAAAUUAUUAUUAUUAUUGUGCUGGUUUCCAGUAAUAAAAAUAAAUUCUCAGUAUAAAA